AUGCAAACAAACUCGGCACAGUGUGGUCCAUGUAAGGGACACCGGGUGGCAGCAGGUGAGACAUUCUUCUACCGAGAACACAGCAAACCACGGGUGGAGACAUCAUACCGCAUUCGCCUUGUCUCUGGUACCUCCAAUUCUGCCCUGUCAGAGAGUGUGGCUAAGUGUCUCAAUACGCCUCUCUGCCGUACGGAGAUCAAGCGCUUUGCGAAUGGAGAGCUAAACAUUAAGAUUCUAGAUGAUAUUCGCGGUGAUGACUGCUUUAUUAUUCAACCGACUGCCGGUAACGAAGAGACCGAUCUCAACACCUCCAUGAUGGAACUCUUGCUACUCGUGCACACACUGAAACUCUCCUCCGCCAAGCGCAUCACCGCCAUUGUGCCGUACUUUGCAUACAGCCGCCAGGACCGCAAGACGGAGCCGCGUGUUCCCAUUUCCGCCUCCGCCGUUGCGCAACUCAUUCAGUGUAUGGGCGUUGACCGCGUGGUGACACUCGAUCUGCACUGCGGGCAGAUUCAAGGCUUCUUCCGCAAUAUGCCCGUCGACAAUCUCCUCAUGUUCCCCGAGUUCGCCGCGUACAUUAAGCGGCAGCCGUGGUUUGACGCCCAGCGCACAGUUGUGGUCUCGCCGGACGCGGGCGGAGUGGAGCGGGCGAAUGUGCUCGCCGACCGCAUUGGCGCCAGUCACAUUGUCACUAUUCUCAAGCGCCGCGUGGAGGCGGGCCGCGUGGACUCCAUGCAGACGGUUGGGAACGUGGAUGGCUACACGUGCAUUAUUGUGGACGACAUGGUCGACACCGCCGGGACUCUCUGCAAGGCGUGUGAUCUCCUGAAGGAAAUGGGCGCCGUGCGGCUCGUCGCGUGUGCGAGUCACGGCAUUCUCACCGACCCCGCCUGCGAGCGCAUCUCCCGCUGCGACGCCCUCAGCGAACUCGUCGUCUCCGACUCCAUCUCGCAACAUGUGAACUCGCAGAAGUGCAGCAAACUGACGGUCCUCACCAUCGCCCCGCUGCUCGUGCAGGCCAUCCACAAUCUCCACCAAGAGGCCUCACUCUCAUCCCUCUUCGUGAAGUAG